AUGCCUCGUGAAUCUGAAAAGUCGAGACAGCUUUGUUUAUCUUGCAUGCAUUUAACUUUUAAGUCUCUUCGUUUUCCUCUCCACGGUUGCGGCUUUUGCGAUUCCCUUAUACGUCUAUAUAAAGACUUAACGUAUCUACAAUGCUUGCAUCCACUUGUUUUUCCUAUCCUUCUAGAGAUGUCUUCGUCCAUUGUUGAUCUUGGAGUGGCUAGAAUUGAAACGACUGUUACUAUAGGAACCAGCGAAAUCAACCGUCUUGUCAAGACAUUCUUGUCUAACAACAACUGUAACAGUAAGAAAAUUAUUGGUCUCGGCACAGAACAAGCGCAAAAGUCUAGUAACAAAAAAAAAACAGUAUUGCUCCAGCUUUGCGAUGGCCGCUAUUGCCUAAUAGUUCAGCUUUCCUCUCAUGGUCUUGCUCUUCCUCGCUCGCUCUUCAAUUUUCUCAACCUCCCUGAUUACACUUUUGUGGUGAUCGGCAUUAAAAAGCCUCUUAAGAUGCUGGAGAGUGAGUUUGGUUUGACCUGCAAGAAUGCUGUUGAGAUCGGACCCCCCACGCGGAACCUGAUGACCUUGGAGAUGACUCAUUUGAAGCAUAUGAUGGGUAAUAUUGUUCGGAACGAACUAACAAGCACCAUCUUCGACGACUGGGGCGCAAAUCUCAACGAGAACCAGAUUAAGCUCGCAGUUUCAAAUGCUUAUUUGGCUUUUGGCAUGGGGAACAAUCUAUUGCAUUACUGAACCUAAACAGCUGUUUGUUUGUUUUUUUUCUGUUUCUUUCUUUCGUUAUGUUCUUCAGUUCUUUUGCAUUCA